GGUAGAGACUUCCAUAUCAGGAUACUGCUACCAGAGCCUUUCCAGCUGAAAAAUGCCAGGAUAGAGUGCAGCUGGCAGCUAAAGAAGAUCCUGCAUGGGUAUCGACAUAUUUUAAAGCAGAGGCUGCACAGCUGUCCAGACCUUGUCAGCUUUAUGGUGGAGCUGAAAACUGUUUUGGAAAUUGCUUUAAAGAAUACACAAGACCUGCACAUACCACGGCCGCCAGAAUACUACUCCUGUCUUGUCAGAGACCUAGAAAUAUUGGGUUGGAAUAAAGUCGCCUACGUGGAUACUGGGCUCAGCACAAUCAAGCUAAAAGCUGAGGACUCUUGUGGUCGACAGCAUCUCAUCACUCUGAAGUUAAAUGCAAAGUAUCCAACAGAACCACCAGAUUGCCUUGUGGAUUUUCCUGUUCAGUUUGCUGUUUCCUGGAUGCCACAGAAUUCCUUAACAGACAUUUAUAAUCAGUUCCUGGCGGCGUUAGAAUCGCUGAAAGAUUUCUGGGAUGCCAUGGAUGAGAUUGAUGGGAAGACAUGGGUGCUGGAGCCUGAAAAUCCCACCCGCAGUGCUACAGCCAGGAGAAUUGCAAUAGGGAGCAACGUCUCGGUGAACGUGGAGGUGGAUCCUCAGCACCCACACAUGCUCCCCCAGUGCUGCUUCCUCGGAGCAGAGCACGUGGUUAACCCUUUGAGAACAAAGCUGAACGCCAAUAUGCACUUAUGGGAUCCAGAAAUCAGCCUGUUACAAAACCUGAAAGACCUUUUAGACAUUGAUUUUCCAUCACGUGCUCUGUUAGAAAAAAGCGACUUUGCCAAGGACUGUGGGAUCUGCUACGCCUACUGCCUGGACGGCACCGCGCCCGACCAGGUGUGCGACGAGCCCCGCUGCGGCCAGCCCUUCCACAGGGCCUGCCUCCAGGAGUGGCUACAAGGUCUUCCUUCUAGCAGACAGAGUUUUAAUGUCAUCUUUGGUGAAUGUCCAUACUGUAAUAAGCCACUGACACUGAAAACUUCAACAAAGAAACUCUGA